GAACAUGAGCUUUCUUUUGCGCAAACUUAUAGUCUAUAUUCAUUGAUAUUUGUGUUUGAAAUAAUUAUUGGUGGAAGUCUUACUGACUUUGUUUGGAUUUUGGAAUUAGCAGAAAUUGUGUUUUGGAUUAAAAGAGACGGAACUACAAUAAAAUUGAUAAAACAUAUCUUAUGCAGAGUGUUGACAGAAACGAGCUCUCUUACGCAAGCUUCCUUUUUUGUGUGUGCAUGUGUUAGAUAUAGUUUGUAGUGGGAUCCUAACUUUUUAUUAUUCACGGGUGGUAGAAGUGACUUUUUAGAGUAAAGGGGUGAAACUAUGCACGUGAUUGAUGUACAUGAGCUAUCUCCUGGCAUAAGUUUGUAGUGCAUGUAAUUUGAUAAUAUUCCUCAGUAGUAUUCAAUCUCAGGAUCUUCUUUUCUCUUUUGUUGAAGGUAGUAGGAAUCAUGUUCCUGGAGUAAGGUGGAAUAACAAAUAAAAUCUGUAGACUAACCCUCUUCAAAGCGAAUAAAUAAGAGUUUUUCAUUAUAUGGUGACUGGUUGCAGCUGAAUUGGUCUCUCAUGUGGCCGUUCUAUCUUCUCUUCAACAAGACCCUCAAGCUAGAGGAACCAAGAGAAUCGGGUGAAGAUGAUUUGAGUUUUGUAGAAUUGUACCCAUUUGAGAAGUUUCCAAGUAGAAUAAAAUGUGAUGCUCCAAUUUUGUCCCGCUCCCAGGUUAUUGAAGUACCACACAUAAACCAGCAACAACAAUGGGAUUGUGGCCUUGCUUGUGUUUUGAUGGUUCUGAACACUGUUGGUGUAAAUGAUUGUCAUAUUCAGUCAUUGGCAGAUCUAUGCUGCACAACAAGUAUAUGGACUGUCGAUUUGGCAUAUUUGUUGCAGACUUUUUCAGUCAGUUUUUCCUACUUCACAGUGACCUUUGGAGCCAACCCUAAUUAUUCUGUUGAAUCAUUUUACAAGGAGGAACUAGCAAAUGAUCUUGUACGAGUUGAUAGGCUAUUUCAAAAGGCGUUGGAAGCUGGAAUCAAAAUUGAGCGCAGGUCUAUCAGCAGAGAAGAAAUUUCUCUCUUAAUGUUAUCUGGGAUAUAUGUUGCUAUUGUGUUAGUUGAUCAGCAUAGAUUGAGUCGAUCUUGGCUGGAGGAUGUGCUUGUAUCAGGCAUCUGUGAUAGCAACUUCAGCUAUACUGGUCAUUAUAUUGUGGUAUGUGGCUAUGAUGCCGAUGCGGAUGAAUUUGAAAUCAGAGAUCCUGCCAGCACUAGCAAGCGUGACAGGAUCUCAUCGAAGUGUCUAGAUGAUGCACGGAAAUGCUUUGGUACUGAUGAAGAUAUCCUAUUGGUAUCUUUACAGAAGAGCAGGAAGCAAAAGACCCCAUCACCACAUGAACAUGUUUCUCCAAACGUCAACAUCAACUGCUGAGGUGUUUUUCAUCAAUUCAUUGACGACAAUGUCCUGGUGUUCACUUCAUGUCAUAAGGUACGAGAUAUGCCCCCUCAAUGCUUCAUUCUAAUUGCAGUCCCACGUAAUCUCCCACUUUAGCAGCCCCCACGUUACUCCUUCCCUUUUUAAUUAGUGAUAUAUAUAUAUAUAUAUAUAUAUUCAUAUUCUAUAACGGAGAGUUGGAGCUUUGCUAUAUGCUCUCUCGAGGAGCAACUGUACAAGCUCCAAGGUCCGAACUCGCGAGACAUUAAAGGUUCUUGCUAUUAAGUUCAAUAAAAGAUUUAAAUUGGAGACCUCUAAGUGAGUAUGAUUAAGGGACUCCAAGCUCUUAUCAAUCAA